CCCGCGCCGCGCGCCGCCGCCGAGAGCCCGCGGGCCAUGCGCAGGCCCGAGCGCCGGGGGGCCGGGGGGCCGCGCGCCGCCUCCCCCGCGCCCGCGCGCCGCAGCACCGAGUCCGAGGUCUACGACGACGGCACCAACACCUUCUUCUGGCGUGCCCACACACUCACCGUACUCUUCAUCCUCACCUGUGUGCUGGGCUAUGUGACUCUGCUGGAGGAGACGCCGCGGGACACAGCCUACAACACCAAGAGAGGCAUUGUGGCCAGUAUUUUGGUUUUCUUAUGUUUUGGAGUCACACAAGCUAAAGACGGCCCAUUUUCCAGACCUCACCCAGCCUACUGGAGGUUCUGGCUCUGUGUCAGUGUGGUCUAUGAGCUCUUCCUCAUUUUCAUCCUCUUCCAGACUGUCCACGACGGCCGUCAGUUUCUGAAGUAUGUGGACCCAAGGCUGGGGGUCCCCCUGCCAGAGAGGGACUACGGGGGAAACUGCCUCAUCUAUGAUGCAGACAACAAGACUGAUCCCUUCCACAACGUCUGGGACAAGCUGGAUGGCUUUGUGCCUGCGCACUUCAUUGGCUGGUACCUGAAGACCCUGAUGAUCCGUGACUGGUGGAUGUGCACCAUCGUGAGCGUCAUGUUCGAGUUCCUGGAGUACAGCCUUGAGCACCAGCUGCCCAACUUCAGCGAGUGCUGGUGGGACCAUUGGAUCAUGGAUGUGCUGGUCUGCAAUGGACUGGGCAUCUACUGUGGCAUGAAGACCCUUGAGUGGCUGUCCAUGAAGACGUACAAGUGGCAAGGCCUCUGGAACAUUCCAACCUACAAGGGCAAGAUGAAGCGGAUUGCCUUCCAGUUCACGCCCUACAGCUGGGUGCGCUUCGAGUGGAGGCCAGCCUCCAGCCUGCGCCGCUGGCUGGCCGUGUGCGGCAUCAUCCUGGUGUUUCUGUUGGCAGAGCUCAACACUUUCUAUCUGAAGUUUGUGCUGUGGAUGCCCCCUGAGCACUUCUUGGUCCUCCUGCGACUGGUCUUCUUUGUGAAUGUGGGCGGUGUGGCCAUGCGCGAGAUCUAUGAUUUCAUGGACGACCCAAAACUGCACAAGAAGCUGGGGCAGCAGGCCUGGCUGGUGGCGGCCAUCACAGUCACUGAGCUGCUCAUCGUGGUCAAGUACGACCCGCACACACUCACACUUUCACUGCCCUUCUACAUCUCCCAGUGCUGGACACUCGGCUCCGUGCUCGUGCUCACCUGGACCGUGUGGCGUUUCUUCCUACGGGACAUCACCCUGCGCUACAAGGAGACCCGAAGGCAGAAGCAGCAGAGCAGGGCAGACCAGGAUGGCGCCCUGGGCAAUGGACACCAGCAAGGCCCGGAAGAGCCUGGAGUUGAUGAACAGGAAGGGGCGCCAGUUCCUAACUGACCUGCAUCCAGGGACCUGCUGGGCCCAUUCCCUCUGCCCCUGCACCCUGUGAUUCCCGCCAGAAUCCUCACAGGCCUCGGCCCUGAGGCUUCACUGCCCUCCAGCGCACACUGCUGUGCUCCGAGGGGACCAUAGUGGCCGAACACGGCUGCGAGCCUGGCUGGUGUGUGCGUGUGUGUACCAGUUAACAUAUGUACUCGUGGCCAGGCAGUUGUGUGUGAGCAGCAGCUCCAGAAGCUGCCGGGCCGGAUGCCCCUGGUCUGUCUUCCUGGAUUCCAGGAUCCUUGUCACCAGACAGCCCGGCCCCACUUAGGAAGGACAGUGGGUCAGAGCCAGGAUGGCAUGGAUUCUGCCCUGUGUCCUCUGUCCCUACCCACUGGGGGAGGGCUGGAGUCUCUGUGGAUGAGUUGAGAAUCAUCUCUAUGAGCAAACAGAACAAAUAAA